UGGUGGCGCAGUGGCAGAGCUGGUCGACAUGGCGGAGGAGGAGGGCGGGAGCGUGCUGGGGGAGGUACUCGCCAGCCCGCUGAACCUGCUGCUGGUGGCGCUGGUCUCCUUCCUGGCCUACAAGCUGCUCACCGGCAGGCAGCGGGAGUACGAGCCCCCGGCCGAGCCGUCCCCGGAGCUGCCCCGGCUGCGGCGCGACUUCACGCCCAGGGAGCUCAGGCAGUUCGACGGCUCGGGCCCCGACGGCCGGCUCCUGGUGGCCGUCAACGGCAAGGUCUUCGACGUCACACGAGGGAAGCGCUUCUACGGACCAGGGGGCCCGUACGCUGCCUUCGCGGGCCGCGAUGCGUCGCGUGGCCUGGCCACCUUCUCCGUGGUCGGCGGCAAGGAGGACGAGUACGACGACCUGAGCGACCUCGACAAGAUGGAGAUGGACUCAGUGCGGGAGUGGGAGGAGUCCUUCCAAGACAAGUAUGAGUACGUGGGCAAACUACUGCGGCCAGGGGAGCAGCCGACCGUCUACCCCGAGGAAGAGAGCAGCCAGUAGAAUGCUCCGUCGAACUUGCAAUCCCUGAUCGCCGCCUGAGUUUACUAAGUGUCUAUGAAGAACAAGACAUAAAACUAAUGAGGAAUUCAUAUUUUGUGGCACUGGCUCCAAGUAAUACAUGGGGACACAAAAUGUGGAGGAUGUGGAAAGGCGGAAGAAGAACGGAAAUGCAGCUUAGGCGAGUGUCCUUGUUUUGAUGUAUUAUGGGAAGGAUGAGAGAAAAAAAAAACUCGUUUAACUUCACCCUUGCCUAUUUUUUUUGUAUAUAAAUUCAGCUUAAUUUUUUAUUGAGCAUUGUCAAGACUCGAGUCAAAAGCUAGAUAUUAUCUAAGAAAAACAGGACUAAUUACUCCAAAUAUCACUGCUGGAAAACAACUUGUGAAUACAUUGCUGUUUUCCAUGGCACAUUUUCACCACCACCAUGUCUGGUAAUGUUACAUGUCAGCAUUUUGUAAAUAAUACAGUAUUUUAUAGUUUGUAAAAACUCAAAUUGAAGUUAAAAUUGUAUUUUUUUUUUCUAAGAAAUUAUUUUUUAUUGUUUGCAAAAUCUUUCCUUAUCAUAUGCUUGGGUAGAAAAAUGUAUUUUGAAAGUGAUUAAAUAAUAUUAUUUUAAAAAAUGCUUAGUAUAAUAACUCAUUGUUGUGUAUUUUGUAUUUUUAUUUAAGAUCUUUUUUGGAUAUACGUCAUUGCUGGUUACACUGUAUUUCAUAAGAAACCACAAUAAUGUAAAAAGAAAAAAAAUUAAAAUGCAAACACACCAAAUACAAUCACAAAAUUAAAAAAAAAAAAACAUACACAGCAUGUACCUAUAUGGAACCAUUUUCAGAUUUAUAUAUGGCCAGUAUAAUUAAAUGUUUUAAAUAUAUUACAGGUAUCAUACAUCGUAUAAGUGUCUUAAAAUUAUAGCUGUAAAUACUUCAUAAUGAUCUUACAUAAAUAUAUUUUUAUUUAACAGAAAACAGCCACAGUGAAGAAAGCGUGGUCUACUCACUCACCUCCUACUAAGGAUAUUCGGAUUCAGAUCCUAUUAAAAAUUGUCUGUAUUUUUCGCGAAGAUCCUAUUAAAAAUUGUCUGUAAUUUUCACGAAGAUCCUAUUAAAAAUGGUCUGUAUUUUUCGCAA